UCCUUCUAUAGCUGCAUCCCAGAGAUGGUCAACAUGGCAUAUAAAAAUGGAAUUUUUGCAAACCCCUUUUGCAGUGUUGUAGAAAAGCUUAAAAUAAAACGUAACGAGAAAGCUCCCUCCAUAAGUAAAUACAAUCUAAUGUGCUUCCCCUUAUGUGUUAUUAAAGCUACAAAUUAGUAGGAAAAGAAUAGUGCCGCCCACGGGCUUUCCAACUUUUGAAUUCUGGGGACUAACAACAGAGAGCAAGAGUGAAUGAGCCAAACGACGCAAACGUGCCCUCGCCAGGCUGGCAACUGGUAGGCACGCAGUGUAUUAGUUGCCCUGGAGAGAAACACCCUGGAGAGAAAUACCCAAUUUGUGAACUAAACCUAGGUCCCGGAAGAACAGUGUUCGGCGUCAGACUCCGUUGAGCUCAUUCUGGAAGGAUCCAACUGGCGCCACCAGGGAGAAAAAGCGAUUCCACCUCAAUAACACUCCAGAAAAAGGCAUGAAGAGCCCUAUACCUGCCAGGGCGACUUUGACCUAGACCCGGUGACCCGGUUCCUAGCGCUGCAGCCCUACCCGCCCCCCGCCCGCCCCCGCCUUGCGCGGAACCCCUCCCCUGUACUCAUUCGUUGCGCCACGUCUCCUAACUCAGCGCCACCAGCCACCCCGCAGAGGCGUCCGCCAAUUAACCCCUCCCAGCUUCUGGUCUACAGUCACGGGUCCCCAACGCCGCGUCUUAACCAGGCCCGAACCGACCACCGCCAACCUUCCCUGACACGCCUUUGCCCCACCCGACCCCGCCCGCCCCCACGUGACGCCCACGCCCCGCCCACUGGCGCCCACGUGACCCACGGUCGUCCCCGCGCGCGGCGUGGAUCGCGGCCCAAGCCGCCAUUGUUCCGCCGAGGGAGGACAGCGGGGCCUGGCGCUGGCGCCGAGACGCCGCUUAGCGGCCGCCACUGGAGACACUCCCUCCCGCCUCCCGGGUCUCCUGGCGGCGGCGGAGUGAGGCUGACAGCGGGGAACCUGGGAGACCCCUCCGCCCUCCCCGCGGUGGCAGCGGCCGAUCCCCGGCUCCGGCGCGAGGGACGGCCGCGAUGCGCUCGGCCUGAGGUUACCCGGCCUGGCCCUUCCUCGCUUCCCUCGACUAUUCCACUGCGUCUCCGCGCCCCGGCGUCAUCCUGCGAGUCCCUCUGACGGGAGGGAAGAUGGCUGCACGGAGCUGGCAGGACGAGCUGGCCCAGCAGGCCGAGGAGGGCUCGGCCCGGCUGCGGGAAAUGCUCUCGGUCGGCCUAGGCUUUCUGCGCACCGAGCUGGGCCUCGACCUGGGGCUGGAGCCGAAACGGUACCCCGGCUGGGUGAUCCUGGUGGGCACUGGCGCGCUCGGGCUGCUGCUGCUGUUUCUGCUGGGCUACGGCUGGGCCGCGGCUUGCGCCGGCGCCCGCAAAAAGCGGAGGAACCCGCCCCGCAAGCGGGAGGAGGCGGCGGCCGUGCCGGCCGCGGCCCCCGACGACCUGGCCUUGUUGAAGAAUCUCCGGAGCGAGGAACAGAAGAAGAAGAACCGGAAGAAACUGUCCGAGAAGCCCAAACCAAAUGGGCGGACUGUUGAAGUGGCUGAGGGUGAAGCUGUUCGAACACCUCAAAGUGUAACAGCAAAGCAGCCACCAGAGAUUGACAAGAAAAAUGAAAAGUCAAAGAAAAAUAAGAAGAAAUCAAAGUCAGAUGCUAAAGCAGUGCAAAACAGUUCACGCCAUGAUGGAAAGGAAGUUGAUGAAGGAGCCUGGGAAACUAAAAUUAGUCACAGAGAGAAACGACAGCAGCGUAAACGUGAUAAGGUGCUGACUGAUUCUGGUUCAUUGGAUUCAACUAUCCCUGGGAUAGAAAAUACCAUCACAGUUACCACCGAGCAACUUACAACCGCAUCAUUUCCUGUUGGUUCCAAGAAGAAUAAAGGUGAUUCUCAUCUAAAUGUUCAAGUUAGCAACUUUAAAUCUGGAAAAGGAGAUUCUACACUUCAGGUUUCUUCAGGAUUGAAUGAAAACCUCACUGUCAAUGGAGGAGGCUGGAAUGAAAAGUCUGUAAAACUCUCCUCACAGAUCAGUGCAGGUGAGGAGAAGUGGAACUCCGUUUCACCUGCUUCUGCAGGAAAGAGGAAAACUGAGCCAUCUGCCUGGAGUCAAGACACUGGAGAUGCUAAUACAAAUGGAAAAGACUGGGGAAGGAGUUGGAGUGACCGUUCAAUAUUUUCUGGCAUUGGGUCUACUGCUGAGCCAGUUUCUCAGUCUACCACUUCUGAUUAUCAGUGGGAUGUUAGCCGUAAUCAACCCUAUAUCGAUGAUGAAUGGUCUGGGUUAAAUGGUCUGUCUUCUGCUGAUCCCAACUCUGAUUGGAAUGCACCAGCAGAAGAGUGGGGCAAUUGGGUAGACGAAGAAAGAGCUUCACUUCUAAAGUCCCAGGAACCAAUUCCUGAUGAUCAAAAGGUCUCAGAUGAUGAUAAAGAAAAGGGAGAGGGAGCUCUUCCAACUGGGAAAUCCAAAAAGAAAAAAAAGAAAAAGAAGAAGCAAGGUGAAGAUAACUCUACUGCACAGGACACAGAAGAAUUAGAAAAAGAGAUUAGAGAAGAGCUUCCAAUGAAUACCUCUAAAACCCGUCCAAAACAGGAGAAAGCUUUUUCCUUGAAGACCAUAAGCACUAGUGAUCCAGCCGAAGUACUCGUCAAAAAUAGCCAGCCUAUCAAGACUCUUCCACCUGCUACUUCUACCGAGCCAUCUGUAAUCUUAUCAAAAAGUGAUUCUGACAAGAGCUCUUCCCAAGUGCCGCCAAUACUACAAGAGACAGAUAAAUCCAAGUCAAAUACCAAGCAAAAUAGUGUGCCUCCUUCACAGACCAAGUCUGAAACUAGCUGGGAAUCUCCCAAACAAAUAAAAAAGAAGAAAAAAGCCAGACGAGAAACGUGAAAUUUUUUUUCCUGAAUUGGACAUGUGUUUGCAAACACUGUCUUGAAGAUUAUGCUGUUUAUGCAAUAAUUUGUGAACAUGUACAGAGUUUUAUAUAAAUUUAAACCAAUUUUUAAAACAAAACUGCGGACACAACCACCAUAAAAAUGGAAUCAAAAGAAAGUUAAUUUAUGAAAUUAAGAGGUCAGCAGAAUAUACUCAGUGAUGGAAGACACUUGGGAAAGUCUUUUUAAUAGAACAAGAACGAUCUUAAUUUAAGAAUAUUAUCCUGGUUUAACAACAGUGCCCUGUUUACAACAGAUUGUGCCCUAUCUCAUCUGCAGCCGAGGAAUAAAGGAUUCUGAUUAGAAAGAGGGUUGCCUACAGAUUAGUAAGCAAUUCCUUGGAUCUUAUGCACAGAACUUGUACCAUUUGAAUCUGUUUUAUGCUUAAAUCAAAGUGCUUUGAUCAAAUGCAUAACCUGCCAUAUCUUUACAUAUUUGUUGGUAGCAAUUUGUAUUAAAGAAAUCACAAGUGCAAAUAAAAAGUCAUUUAUCAUUUGUUUAACUAAACUGUCAUGGUUUAGUUUACAAUUUUUAAAAAGUUCUUAAAAUACUGAAAAUGCAGUUGACACUUGUGUAUGGCUUAUGAAGUUAUUUUUGAUAGUCUUACAUUACUUGAAUUGUUCAAAGUACAGUAUAUUUUAAAUUAAGAAAAGUGAACUAUAUGUAUUUGUUUUAUACAUUUAAGGCUUAGACUCAUGAAUAAUGCUAUUGUUUAUGAUUUGAAAACUUUCAGGCAAAAUCCAAUUUACAUUUUUCCCUUCCCUAGCAAUUACUUUUUUCCAGCUUCAACUCUUCUUAGUUACUAAUACUUUUUUGAUUUAAAAAUGAAAUCAUUCACAAACUUUUGGUAUAUGAUGGAGAAUGAAAAACUAGAGUCAGACAGCUUUAAUUGACAUUGUCAAGACCUCCAGUUAUCAGGAAUACAUUUUUUUACUGCCUUAACCUGUAGUGCGUAGAAUAUGCAUCAAUUUCUUGAAGGGGAUUCAUGUUUUUAUAAGAAUUUUCAUGUAAUUAUUGCAAUUGUGGUCAAAUAAGGAACGUUUCCUGCUUGAAAUUAUAUUGAUUUAAAUGAUGUGUGAGAUGUUUCACCAUUUUCAGGCACUGUGUAAUUCUAUUGUAAUAAACUGGCAGGUAUCUUUGUAACUAUAAAUAGUGCAUGCUCAGCCAUGUACACUGUAAAUAGCCUUUACCAAACGUGUUUGACAAGGACCAUAAUUAACAUCACUUAGUGAAUUGUGAUAAAGAAAAAAAAGCCAUGAUUUAUUCGAUGUGAUUGGCUUGUUUUUAUGUGGCGCCAAGAACGAACCUGUUUAACAGCUGUAACCAAUGGUACUGAUCUAUCCAUCCAAUGUUGUCAGUAUAUUUGACUGUGGUUCAACAGUAUUGCGUUGUCAGACUAGGAAAGCUAAACAAACAAAAUGGUUUUAGUUUUGCUGAAGACUGGCCUUAUUAAUGGACAGCUUUCCUAACAAGAGAUUAUUAACUUUUAUCAGGUGUUAACAUCUGUUUCAGGAACAUGGCAGUAUGUUUACAUGUCAGAAGUUUUGUUUAAUUCUAUGGUAUUUCUAAAUUGACUUGUUUAAAUAAAUUCAGCAAAUGGA